AUGGAGAUGCGCGGUUACAAGAAGCGAUUGGACGUGCAGGAGCUUGGUCCGAUCUUACGGACAUUUUGCAACAUUACUGCAGCGCAAUGCUAUUUGCUUUUCGAAUUGCCAACAAAGUCCGGAAUUCAUUGCCGAAGGGAAGGACUCGGACAAGCUCCUCCACAGUAUUCCGGACGCCCCCGGAUGAUUGAUUGUACUAUGCCCUGGCUUAGGAUGUGCACAGGACAGCAUGAGUUACCUGCCGGUUCUCUAGUAAUCGAUAUCAGGCUCGGAAUUACGCCACCACAAUCACCGCUGCGAGCAGGGCCGGAAAUACAAGAACAUGAUGGACCUAAAACGACUUCCUUACUGGAUGUCGACAGUCCCGCGCUCCAGUACGGGGAACGCGGCAUACGCGGUAUGGCUGAGCUAUCAUCUGUUCCUUCACCAUUUCAGACAAUGGAUGUUGAUAUACGCUACGAAUUUGAUUUUGAUACGUUCUAG